AUGCUUUCACAGCAUUUGAUUCUGUCGCUCUUUUUUGCCAGCGGUCGCGCGUUGGUUGGUGCCGCCGUUUCCCCUGUGGAGGACUAUGAUGUACUCCAGUAUAUCGACCCGCUGAUCGGCAGCGCCAACGGAGGAAAUGUCUUCCCCGGUGCUUCACUGCCCUAUGGCAUGGCCAAGGCGGGUGCCGAUACCAAUUCUGACAGCAACCAAGGCGGCUUCGCAUACGAUGGCAGCAAUGUAACUGGCUUUUCAAGUAUGCAUGACUCUGGCACAGGUGGCAGUCCUUCUCUCGGCAAUUUUCCUCUCUUUCCAUACGCCCAAUGCAAGGAUGACGACGUGAAUGGCUGCGUCUAUCCGAAGAAAGCCCGCGCAACGCCCUAUACUUCGGGAUCGGUCCAGGCCAGCCCGGGCUACUUUGCGCUUUCAUUGGCGUCGGGGGUCUAUGUCGAAAUGACUGCUGCCCAGCAUACUUCUCUGUUUCGAUUUACCUUCCCAGAGAAAAGCAACCCGCUGAUUCUUUUGGAUCUCUCGGAUCUGUCCGACUCCCGGCAGGACAACGCAUCCAUCUCCAUUGAUGAAUCCAGUGGCCGCAUGACGGGUAGUGGCAGGUUCCUCCCUAGCUUUGGAAGUGGAGCGUAUACUCUACAUUUCUGUGCCGAUUUUCAAAGCUCCGGCUGGCUACGGGAUAGUGGUAUUUUUGUCGAUGCUCGAGCCAGCACUGGCGUCCAUGACCUGACUAUUUCUCGGAGUAUCAAUGGCUAUCCACUCCCGGGAGGCGGGUUUAUUCGCCACAAGACUCCUUCCGAUGGCGUUGUCCAAGCCCGCGUGGGUGUGAGCUACAUUAGCUCCGAGCAAGCAUGUUCCCAUGCGGAAGCGGAGAUAGGAGAUUUCGACUUUGAGUCUACACGUCAAACUGCAGUUGAUCAAUGGACAGAGAAAAUGCGACCUAUUCGUGUCUCACGAAAUGGUGUGAAGGAGUCCGUUCUCACUAACUUCUACAGUGGUAUCUACCGAACCAUGAUUAAUCCACAGAACUAUACGGGCGAGAACGCCCUGUGGACAAGCUCCGAGCCAUACUUUGACUCUUUCUACUGGUUCGGAUUAUGGGGCGGAACACUGACCAUUUUCAGUCUUUGGGAUUCUUUCCGCUCCCAGAUUCCAUUCCUGACUAUCUUCGACCCCAGCUCCGUGGCCCAGAUGGUGCGCUCUCUUAUUGAUACCCAGCGCCACUUGGGAUGGCUACCCGACUGCCGCAUGUCGCUAUGUAAAGGUUUCACACAGGGUGGCUCAAAUGCGGACAACAUCCUAGUCGACGCUUACGUCAAAGGCCUCAAUAAUGGGAUUGAUUGGGACGCAGGCUACGCUGCAGUUCAGAAAGACGCUGAAGAGGAGCCGUACGAUUGGUCGAAUGAGGGUCGCGGAGGCCUUCAAAGCUGGAAAUCACUUAACUAUAUUCCCGUGGAAGACUUUGACUACUUCGGCUUUGGCACCAUGACCCGCAGUAUCUCGCGCACUCUUGAGUACUCUUACAAUGACUUUGCUAUUGGGCAGAUGGCCCGAGGCCUCAACAAGACUGCUGACGCUGAGAAGUAUGAGAAGCGCUCCGAGUCUUGGAAGAACUUGUUCAAACAAGACCAGACCUCCUUCAUCAACGGAAUCGACACCGGGUUUACUGGUUUCUUCCAGCCCAAGUACCUUAAUCAAACUUGGGGACAUCAGGAUCCUUUGAAGUGCUCAAAUAUUGAUAACAGUGGAAGUGUCUGCUCUCUUCAGAAUAACGCUGCAGAGACAUUCGAGUCCAGUAUCUGGGAAUAUCAAUUCUUCGUUCCCCACGACAUGGCAGCCCUAAUUCCCAUGCUGGGUGGCCCUGCUAGCUAUGUGAAGCGCCUCGACUACCUCCACGAUCAGAACAUCACCUACAUUGGCAAUGAACCUGCCUUCCUCACUGUCUUCCAAUAUCAUUAUGCCGGUCGUCCCGCCAAAUCCACCGCUCGGGUUCGCACAUACAUUCCAGACUUUUUCUCUCCCACACCGGCGGGACUCCCUGGCAACGACGACUCCGGUGCCAUGGGCUCAUUCGUUGCGAUGUCUAUGAUGGGCCUCUUCCCUAAUCCAGGACAGAGCGUUUAUCUCAUCACCGUACCAUUCUUCGAGUCAGUGAGCAUCGUUUCGCCUCUCACUGGAAACACGGCUACUGUAAGCGUUGCGAACUGGAGUAAAUUCAAUUCGCUCAACAACACCGGUGGUACUGGGUUUAUCCAGUCGGCGACACUGAAUGGUCAACCAUAUACCCGAAACUGGGUUGACCACGACUUCUUUACCGAGGGUCAAGACUUGGUGCUCAUUUUGGGUCGUAAUGAGAGCGCCUGGGGUACUGGACCUCAGGACCUCCCGCCUUCUUUGUCCGAUAGCACUUCCUCGAGCGUGGUGGGUCGUUCUUUCGGGGGCAUCGUUGAUGAGUUGGAUCGGCUUGAGAGACCUCUUACUAGCAGACGGGGAAACCAUGCUCGACAUGCUAUGAACUUGAAUCAUCACGCUAAGGUUGCUAGCGGACCACACUGGCAGAAGGGUUGGUAG